CCGUCACCAGCGUCACACCUCUGCUGCUGCUGCUGCUGCUGCUCUUCUGCUGCUGUUACGCCCAUAACACCUACACACCAGGGGUCCCCAUGAUUCUUCAUAAGACCACUUCAUCUGCUUGAUUCCCGCAUUGUAGAGAGCGAUUAGGGUAGAUGUAGAUGUUCUGCUGCCCGUCGCUACUAGCAAGGAUGUCGUCAGACCGCAAAGCCGUGGUAAAGAAUGCCGACAUGUCAGAGGAAAUGCAGCAAGAUGCUGUCGACUGUGCCACUCAGGCCAUUGAGAAAUUCAAUAUAGAGAAGGACAUUGCAGCCUACAUCAAAAAGGAAUUCGACAAGAAGUAUAAUCCUACUUGGCAUUGCAUUGUUGGUCGCAAUUUUGGCAGCUAUGUAACGCACGAGACAAAACACUUCAUCUAUUUUUACCUUGGACAAGUUGCCAUUCUUCUCUUUAAGAGUGGUUAAGAUGGCCAUUCCUCUCCUCCCCCAUAUCCAGGCCAAGGGUGUUCACCGUGUUAAAUUUGAAUUUUAGGAACAGGUGAAUAUCCUAUCUCCCACCCAAACUAAUACUUGAUACCUCUAACCCUAAAGGGGGUGGAGGGAUAUAGACCACCAUUUCCUAGGGUUGCUAAUUUUGUCAGUGCUGCUAGGUUGCUAGCCUAGGGGAACAAAUUUCUCCAUUUUUACACUAAUGCACACAUUCUGUUGCAAUGCUAAGCAAUUGUUAGCAAGAGUUCGAAUGGAAAACUCAUUUGCUUUGAGAGUGCCAUACCUAGCAGCACUUAGCUUUUUGAACUGGUCAUGGCACAUUUUUACAUUUCCAGUUUUCUCAGUGUACCUCUUGAUAUAGGCUAAAGACCUUUUAUAUCACCACAACAUCUUGAGCUGGUGCCCGAGAGUCACCACUGGGUUGCUGACCAGUGAGAGUGAGAUAUUGAUUAAAUAUUUGUAUCUACUGUGCACAAUUCUCAUCUCGAUUUUCAUAAAUUGACCUCUUUAUCUCGUAAAGUAGGUAGGAUUCAUUCCCCAAUCCAUUGUCAUGCAUCUCAGUUGUCUGGUGUCAGUCCAUGUAGGUGCAAAAUGUAGAAAGUUGAUGCAUAAUCCUGCCUAUAUUGAAGCAAGUUCUGUACUUAAACUAUUUGCUUGUGAUUGUAAACUCUAGCUAGUAGCUUCAUCUCCACUCAUCUUGAAAGGUAAUUCUGAUUAUCCUCUUUGAGAUAAUUAAUGCUAUUGGUUUUUUCAGCUUUCAAAUCCAAUGGUAGAAUUCUUAACCAUCCCUCAAGGAAUGUGACCCCUGAACCUCCCACUCGUAAAAUCUACAGUCACACUGAUGAAGUGAGUCACAUUUGAGGAUUGGUGUACAUAAAGUUGUAUAUUUCAUCCUUUGCAGCAUCUUGUUUCAUAACACUUACCUUCCAUGUUGAAAGGUGUAUUAUGUAUCAAUUUAAACAGCAGCUUUGCACUAGUUCACAUUUAGCUGCUCAAUAACAUGUUUUGUGCCUCUGAAUUAACAGUAAUAUUCAGAUUGUUUAGUUUUGAAGAAUAAUUUAAUGUUUUUAUUGAUAUGAAAAAGUUUAUUUUCUAUUAAAAUUGAGAACAAAGAAUAAUUCUUAUGUUCGGAAAAGUUUAUUUCGUCAUGUCAAAAUGCUCUGUUCUGUGAUGUUCAUCAAAGUAAAUACAAUCUAUUUAUGUGUAA